CCGAGAAAAAACGACUUCCGUCCGUUGAGCGAGAAAGGCGGAACCAGCGGCCCUACGGAGGGAACAAAGGACGGCUGACUGAACCAAUAUGUGCAUCGUCUGCUCUCCGUAGCCCAGUCUCCAGCCGCGAUGUCGAAGCGCCCUUCCUACGCUCCUCCCCCUCCCCCUGCCCCAACUACACAAAUGCCUUCCACCCCAGGGUUUGUGGGCUACAACCCUUACAGCCAUCUGGCCUACAACAACCUCCGGCUGGGAGGGAGCUCCGGAGGCUCCAGCAGGAACUCCACGGGCAUCACCGUCCCGAAGCCUCCCAAGCCUCCAGACAAGCCGCUGAUGCCAUACAUGCGGUACAGCCGGAAGGUAAGCAGGAAGGUGUGGGACCAAGUGAAAGCAUCCAACCCGGACCUCAAGCUGUGGGAGAUUGGAAAGAUUAUCGGAGGGAUGUGGAGGGACCUGACCGACGAAGAGAAGCAGGACUACCUGAACGAGUACGAAGCCGAGAAGAUUGAGUACAAUGACUCUUUGAAGGCCUACCACAACUCACCGGCCUACCUGGCCUACGUCAACGCUAAAAACCGUGCCGAGGCGGCGAUGGAGGAGGAGAGCAGGCAGAGGCAAAGCCGUAUGGACAAAGGAGAGCCGUACAUGAGCAUCCAGCCCGCUGAAGACCCUGAUGACUAUGAUGAUGGUUUCUCAGUGAAGCACACAGCAGCCGCUCGCUUCCAGAGGAACCACCGGCUGAUCAGCGACAUCCUCAGUGAGAUUGUGGUGCCUGACGUCCGCUCGGUGGUCACCACGGCCCGCAUGCAGGUCCUCAAGAGGCAGGUCCAGUCUCUUAUGGUGCACCAGAGGAAGCUGGAGGCAGAGCUCCUGCAGAUCGAGGAUCGCCACCAGGACAAGAAAAGACGUUUUCUGGAGACCACCGACUCAUUCAACACCGAGCUGAAGCGGCUGUGCAGUCAGAAGGUUGAGGUGGACAUGGAGAAGCUGGCAGCAGAUAUGGCUGCAGCUGAGGAGGCAGCGAGGCGUCGGGCCGAAGAGAGGGAGCGCGAGGCGGCCGAGCAGGCGGAGAAAGCAGCUCAGCAACAGCAGCAACAACAGGAGGCCGCUGCUAACAAAAGUGCAGAGCAGAGCGGCGCUAACGCUAGCAGCACGGCUAACCCCACCUCAGGGACCAAGGAGGAGGACAAGACCACACCAAUGGAGACAGAUGAGGCGGCGCCUGCAGAGCCUCCCUCCGACUCUCAGUCUGCUCCACCUCCUCCGUCCGAUCCGCCCUCCUCUGCCUCUGAUAAAGCGACGCCUCCUCCUGAGCCCCCCAGGGAGAGCAGCACCCCGGGCAGCAGCGCCCCCAGUGAAGACAGCAGCAGCAGCAACAGCAUGCCGCCUCCACCUUCAGACAGCAGCACCCCUACGGCAGCAGCAGCCCCUCCAGACCCUCCUGUGGGCUCAGAGGCCUCCUCCACUACUACACCUAACGUGGCUGCAGCGCCUCCCCCUGCCUCAGAAGAAGCGGCACCUCCUCCACCACAGCUACUACCCCCCAGCCAGAGCAGCCAGCAGUACGACAUGUAAUAGUUAGAGCCUCAGUGGUAGCUGUAGAAGUGCUCCCUGUGCUGCAGCUCUCCACCUCUGGAUGGCGCCGUAGUGCUGUAGUUGUGCAGCAGGUGCAGAUGAACUUGUGCGGUGGCUCUGUGGUGAAAACAAUUGGGACUGAGAAGCGUCAAAUGGCCGAGGGUCAGUAGGUGGUUAGCAAAUACAGGAGUGAUGUGGGGUUUCAGCAUCCAGCUUCUUGAACGUGUUUUUCCUUUAGCGUUAGUCGGCACGCCUGAGCGACUUACCUGGAAAGAAACACCAAAGAACUAACAUCUGACAGCGCUGCAGGCAUCAUUCAAACCAUUUCUUCUUUCUAGUCCUGUCACUUGAUGGGUUUUUGUAGUAUAAAAUAGAUACUGACACGCAGGACGCUGUAGGAUGGUUUCUGGUCAGCAGGAGCCCCACUGACUCACAUCCAGGUAUCUGACUCCACACCUGACGUCACUGCAUGCUUUACAACAUCCACAUUCUGAUCCUCACAUAGAGCUCCAGCAUUUUCACCACAUUAGAAAUAAUGGACAAGCUAAGAAGUUCAAAAUAAUUCCACAUGUGACGAUCGUCUAAAAAUAAUGAGACUUUCCAAAGCUGAAGUCUGAAAAUAUCUCCUUUAAAGCUGUUAAGUUCAGGGUGAUGACAGAGGAAAGCAGCUAACGCUCACAUCUGCAAUCAAGCCUGACAUUAUCCAUACCCCUGGUAAAAUUUGACUUAAAGUUAAUCUUAUUCAACCAGCAACUUUUUUUUGAUUGGAAAUGACAAUAAGAUGAUGUACAAGAGGCAUCGUUGUGGAAAAAGUAGUUUCUCGGCUUUUAUUGACAUUUAAAAGCAACUUUAAGUUAAAAUUUCAGGGUUGGAACGAGAUGAUAACGUGGUAUUUUUUCACUGUUUUAUCAGAGCGUCAUUAAAUAGUUUCAGCUUUAAGUCAUGAAGAGAUUUUAGAGUUGAUCAUCCACAUAGUUCAGAUGAAAACCUCGGAUAACUCUGUGUGUGCGGCUGAUAUUCUGGAAUGAGAAAACACGUUCCUCAGUCCUGAUCUCCUUAAAUCAGCCUUUCUGUGUUUUUGACCACUGACUCGAAGGUUUUCUGACGUGAAUCGUGUCCAAUAACGACUUCUUCUGGUUCUAAAGGGCCACCUCGCAUGAAAGGACCUCGACCUCCUCCUCUAUUGUGUAAAACCUCAGAGUUUUCUAGUUCAUCAGUUUGUGUGUUUUACGAAACAACUACUGUUGCUUUGUGUUUUUAGAAACCUAGCGGAACCUUUUAGACGGAUAUAAUCCGGUCCAGCCCUGCUAUUAAACCUGUAAUCCUGAAUCAGACGCUGUUUCUAAAGCACCUUCAGUCUGACUGCUCUCCUGCCUGUGGAAAUGAUGGGAAUCCUAGCGGGAGAGGCCACCUUUUAAUUCAUUUUUUAAUCCCCAUUCUGCAUGCUAAUACUAACCACAGUCCUGCUAGAGUUUGAGGAAAUGCGGGACAGAACACACGAGAUUCAUAAGAAAGUUAAAAGAAAUAAACGGCUCGUGUUCAAGGUGCUUUUUAAAAUCUGCAGAUGAUGAAAUGACUUGCAUUGAAUAGAAAAAGUCCACGUUUGUUCCCCUGUAUUCAUCAUGUUUAUGUAGAAAGAACUGACUCCAUCUCAGCUAGAGGUUCUGAUCUGUACGCUUCUUUACCAGUCUGCUGUUGUGUUGUUUUAAAACUACGUUCCUCCUUUAGACUGCAUAUUCCUGCUGACACCACAACCAUUUAACUUCACCAGAGAAAUGCACCGGCUGCCCUCAUCCAGAGGAGCCUCACUUAUGCAUUUAAAGGACUGUUUUCUUACUUGAAUUGGACUGUUUUUAGUAAUAUGCCUGUUUUUUUGCAUCUUUCUUUUGUACUGUCUGAACUUAUCUAUCCAAAUAAAAGUGAUUUCUCAGUC